ACGGCGGCCGGCGGGGGUCAAGGCGGGCGCGGAGCGGAGCGGUGGCACCGGCAGUGGGAUCGGUCAUCGUUGGCUACCAUGGAGUACGUGACCGCCGAGCAGCUGGCCGGCUUCAGCAAGUACAAGUACAGUGCCGUGGACAGCAACCCCCUGUCCCUGUACGUCAUGCAUCCCUUCUGGAACACCAUAGUGAAGAUCUUCCCUACCUGGCUGGCCCCAAAUUUGAUAACGUUCUCUGGCUUCCUGCUGCUUGUCUUCAACUUCUUCCUCAUGGCAUACUUCGACCCUGACUUUUAUGCUUCUGCUCCUGACCACCAGCACGUUCCCAGCGGAGUGUGGGUCGUUGUGGGCCUCCUCAACUUCGUUGCCUACACCUUAGAUGGUGUGGAUGGGAAGCAGGCUCGCCGGACCAACUCCAGCACCCCGCUGGGAGAGCUCUUUGACCACGGCCUGGACAGCUGGGCCUGUGUCUACUUUGUGGUGACAGUCUACUCCACCUUCGGGCGCGGCUCCACCGGCGUCAGCGUCUUCGUCCUCUACCUCCUCUUGUGGGUGGUCUUGUUUUCAUUCAUCCUCUCCCACUGGGAGAAGUAUAACACAGGGAUCCUCUUCCUGCCCUGGGGAUAUGACAUCAGCCAGGUGACCAUUUCAAUUGUCUACAUAGUGACAUCCAUUGUGGGAGUUGAGGCCUGGUAUGCACCUUUCCUGUUUAAUUUCUUAUAUAGAGACCUAUUCACUGCAAUGAUUAUUGUUUGUGCACUCACUGUAACGCUGCCAAUGAGCCUCUACAACUUCUACAAGGCCCAUAAAAACAACACCUUGAAGCACCACUCUGUGUAUGAAAUCAUGUUGCCGCUGGUAUCCCCAGUGCUGCUCUUCCUGCUCUGCACCACGUGGAUCUUCGUGUCCCCGACAGACAUCCUGGAGGUGCACCCCAGGCUCUUCUAUUUCAUGGUCGGAACAGCCUUCGCUAACAUUUCUUGCCAGCUGAUCGUCUGCCAGAUGAGCAGCACCCGCUGCCAGCCGCUCAACUGGAUGCUGCUACCCAUCGCGGCUGUGCUCUUGCUGGUGUUGUCCGGCCUCCUGCCCGGCAGCGAGACCCUGCUCCUCUACCUGUUGACUGCUUUCCUCACCCUGGCACACAUCCACUACGGAGUGGUGGUGGUGAGCCAGCUGAGCAGGCACUUCCACAUCCGUCCCUUCUCCCUGCGGAAGCCCACGCCGGAUUGACUAGGCGAGGAGGAGGAGCAGGUCGGCCUGCGGUCUGCCGAAGAACUGUAAAUAACUGCUGCAAACCCCUGUAAAUACUUCAGCCAUCACCACGGACCCAAACCCAUCCUCUGGACAGACAGCAGGGCAGAGCAGGCGCGGGAGCUGCCGCAGCCGGG